AUGCCGCGCGUGGGAGGAAGUGUCGUGUCGGCUCCUGCUCCUGCAGCCGGCGACACAAAGGAAGUCUCCUCCCCAAAGCGAAGAAGGACCGCUGCCGGGAAGGACAAUCUGAAGACCAAACGCCUUCAGGUGAAUGAGCAAGAGGGCGUUGACACACCUGCAGCAUCGCCAGUGUCCAAGCGAAAGAAAGACAAAGAGCCGAAGGAGCCUCUGAAGGAGCCUCCGAAGGAGCCUCCGAAGGAGCUCCCAGAGCCGAAAGAGGAGCCGCCGGAGGAGCCAGUCACCGAAGACCCCGCUGCAGACCCCUUCGCCGGGCUCGAGGCGCAGCUGGAAGGCUUGGUGGACACGGCAGAAGAGCUGCCGGCCCCCAAAAUUGAGGCAGCGGUCCUGAAACUUUUGGUGGCGGCAAGCGACGCGGUUGCGGAGGGUGCCUGGUUCUCCGCUGAGACGUUUGAGGAUCUCCUUCCAGAGCGGUACAGGGAGAGCUUGGGCAGCCCCCAUCAAGACCUCAUCGAGCUUGUCAUGAGCUCUCACACCUGGUGGCGGCCUGGUUUGCGAUCUUUGGUGAAGAAUCUGGCUGAUCUGAAUCAGACCAUUGGUCGUUUAGUGAGCUCGGGUAGCAAGCCAAGAGAAAUGGAGUACAUGCUGCCCGAUUUACAUCUGCAGCAAUCCCAAUCCGGAGGAUUUUGCCAUCGCCUGGUGUGCUUCUUGUGCCUGCUGGCAUCCGCGCUGGCUUCGGCUGUGACGCUGUGGACCAGAGACAAGGAGAGAGCGGUUUGCAUGAAGCUCUCCUUGGAGUCCACUGUCAGCAGCGUUUGCUUUCUCAUCUGUGCCGCGUCCUCUACACUGCUUACCUCCGAGCAAGCGAAGACAUGGCUCUCUUUGGCCUCCUGCGGAAGCAGUUUCCUGGUCUUGCUUGUCCCGGCAGCGAAGGCAAUGAAGACGCGAUCCGGUAAGGCACAAAACGAACUUAGUGUGCGAAGCGCAAGCCUGGCCAGGGAGAUGGACUUUAAUCUGUCUGACGACGUGGGUGCUGUACAGCCGAUACUUCGCACGAAGAGGGCAUCUAAGCCUUCUAAGCUGCGGCACUUCGAAUCGACACUGCAGGUGAUCCACGAGAACUCCACAUUUGCCGUCAAAUCAAUCGGAAGCAAGGAUGUGUCGCAGGUUUCUCCGGAGAAGAUUGUCCUGAUCAUUCCUGCAGUUUACUCGCUGGCCUCACAACGCAAGAAGUGGGCAAAGCGGCCAGAUGAAACAUGGGGGAAAUUUCUGACCAAGCUGGACACGAUUCUGGCUGGACAAGCAAAGCCAAAUCCGCCAAGCCUGAUGCCAUCGGAGGCUUGGUACGAGAUCAGCCGCUGGUGUGCUCGUCACUCGCCGCAGGAGCUUCAGUCCAUCGUUGAGACUGCGAUCAAGUUGCACCGGGCGCCUGGAGAGGAUGUGGUGUGGGAGCUUGGAAGGAUGCUGGAUGCAACAUUGGACGUGGCUCAUGCUGAGGGUGAUAAGUUAGUGAUUCCUGUGAAACUGGUCACCAAGUCUGAGCUGCCAAAGAAGAUGGAUGCGCUGGAUGCAGAGAAGCUGGCCGAAUUGCUAAUGCGAAUGCAGGCUGCUGUGGAGAAGCCCCUUUAUUCCUUUUCGGAUCACUUGAAGCCAGCGCUGGCUCGACGAAUCCAUGUCGGCACCAUGGACUACAUGGGUGGGUCCCACGAGUCAUACCGACGGACGUUCGAGUUCAUCGAGAUGACUAACACCUGGCACGAUGUGGACAAACCAACCCGUGACAUCGGCGACCUCUACAGGAAGAAGCUGAAUUGCUCGUACAAGGAUCCUGCCAUGUACAAGGCCUUAGCUGCCCGUGCAGCAGACAAGCGAGACUCCUUCCGAAUGGUGGUGAAGGUGAGCUGUGUGGCCACCCACCUCACGAAGCUGCAGAAUGUUCUGGAUUGGUGGCCUGCGUUGUGGCAA